GGAAAUAACGCAAAGGGCGCUGGGGCAACCUCUCGUGCGUCGGUAGAAUGAAUCUAUCGAUCCUCGCCUCGUCGUCGUCGGCAUGGGUGCGCACUACACCGUUAAACAUUCCGCUAUAAAGGGCAAACUAGAGACGAAGGAGAACAGUGAAGCCACCGCCGUUGUUUCCAUUUUUUUUUUAUAUUAUAUUUUAUUUUUUAUGGAAGGUGAGAGAUAAUAAAAUAUUGCGAAAAUAUUUUAAAAUAAAGAAACUCCGUCACAGUUCGAUGGAUAGAUGGAAAUAAUGUAAGCUUUAAAAAGCUUUUCAUCUUUUUUUCUCACACCGUUUUCCUCGUCUCCGUCUGUGGUCGUGUUCUCUACCUCGCUGGCCAGCUACGUUUUUUUCAUCUUCAACCAUGAGACAUAAUUGUUUCGUGCUUCUGUCUCUUCGCGUUUCAAGAUAGUGUUGGAUCUCCAGUCGAGAAACAGGCUUUUUCUCUUAUAUUUUCUUCUUCUUGUUCUUCGUCUUCUCAUUCAUCUUCGUAUCCGUGGUUGUCGUUCGGUUUUGGCUUGAUUGUUUGAUUGGUUUCAAGUUCUUUAAUGGCGAUGGAAGAUACUGAGAGUUGGAGUAGCAGAGCGGUGGAUUCAUCGCCUACUCACCCUCGUCAGCAAAGGCAGAAGCUUGAGGUUUAUAACGAGGUGCUUCGUAGGCUCAGAGAAUCGAACAAUGAGGAGGCAAAUGCUCCUAAUUUUGAAGAUGAACUUUGGAACCAUUUCAACCGACUACCCGCUAGGUACGCAAUGGAUGUGAAUGCUGAGAGGGCAGAAGAUGUUCUAACACACAAGAGAUUACUGCGGCUAGCGCAAGAUAUCCGCACUAGACCUGUAUUUGAUGUCCGUCUUGUGCAGGUUCCUCCUGUCCCUUAUGGAAAUUCUGUUGAUUCACACUUAUCAAGAAAAGAUGAUGCUCACAGUUCUAAUUCCCGUAGCAGGCAAAGCAUUCAUCCGCCACCUUCCUUUGGUUCAUCACCUAAUCUUGAAGCCCUUGCUCUUGAAUCCCAGUCAAAUGUUGAAGAUGGAGAUAGUGCUGUGCCCAUGCAUGAAGUCACAUUUUCAUCAGAUGACAAGCCAAAACUUUUAAGUCAGUUGACUGCAUUACUUGCUGAGAUUGGACUGAACAUCCAAGAAGCACAUGCUUUCUCUACAGUAGAUGGCUACUCCUUGGAUGUCUUUGUUGUUGAUGGUUGGCCUCAUGAGGAAACAGAGCGGCUUAGACAUGAACUGGAAAUGGAAAUUUUAAAGUUUGAGAAGAAAUCUUUGUCAAAACUCCAACUAUCGUCUUCUGUCAGCAACAAUCAGCAGACUGGGCCUAUGCCCAUACCCAAUCAUGUAAGAAUACCUACUGAUGGGAUGGAUGUCUGGGAAAUUGAUGCCGGCCUGUUGAAAUUUGAGAACAAAGUUGCAUCUGGAUCAUAUGGAGAUCUGUACAAAGGUACUUACCGCAGCCAAGAAGUUGCGAUUAAAGUCCUAAAGCCUGAGCACGUAAAUGAGAACAUGCAGAGAGAAUUUGCACAAGAGGUCUUUAUUAUGAGGAAAGUCCGGCAUAAGAAUGUUGUGCAGUUCAUAGGAGCAUGUACUCAACCUCCAAGUUUGUGCAUUGUGACAGAAUUUAUGUCUGGUGGAAGUGUAUAUGAUUUUCUUCAUAAACAAAAGGGUGUCUUUAAGCUUCCAUCCUUGCUCAAAGUUGCAAUUGAUGUUUCCAAGGGAAUGAACUACUUGCACCAAAAUAAUAUAAUACAUAGGGACCUCAAAGCUGCCAAUCUUCUGAUGGAUGAAAAUGAGGUUGUUAAGGUUGCUGACUUUGGAGUUGCCAGAGUGCAAGCUCAAUCGGGUGUCAUGACUGCUGAAACUGGAACAUAUCGUUGGAUGGCUCCUGAGGUAAUAGAACACAAGCCAUAUGACCACAGGGCUGAUGUUUUCAGUUUUGCAAUUGUGCUAUGGGAGCUAUUAACAAGAAAGCUUCCAUAUGAGUUUCUAACCCCGUUACAAGCAGCAGUAGGUGUGGUACAAAAGGGCUUACGACCAACAAUCCCAAAGAAUACUCAUCCAAAGCUUGCAGAACUGCUCGAGAGAUGCUGGCAGCAAGAUCCAACUUUAAGACCUGAUUUUUCUGAAAUUAUAGAGAUCUUGCAGAAAAUAGCCAAGGAGGUUGGUGAUGAUGGUGAAGACCGGCGCAAAGACAAAUCAUCUGGUGGAUUUCUCUCAGUCCUCAGACGUGGUCACCACUGAAGCUGAGAGGAGAGAGGCUACUGUUUGUAAUGUGUAUCUAAUGCAUUAAUCAAGUAGUCCAUUUCCAAUCUACCUCUGUCCUGCACUGUACAGUAUUUUUUCUGAUUACCAACCUACUUCUAGCCUUUUUUUUUUUAUAUAUAUUAAAAUUUCUCCUUAGGUUUGUGUUUUUCAUUUUCUCCACCUUUAUUGUCACCAUCCACCUUUAAAACUUAGUGCAAGGUUUCUUAUCUACAAAAAAAAGGAAAAAAACUGUAGUGCAAAGUUGAUGAAAUCAAGUUUUGAUUCUUUUUUACCUUAAAUGGAAAGGUGAUUGAUAUGGAA